AUGUCCCUGAUACAAGAUAACACUUCGUUAGGAAACACAAAUUUCCAUUCCACGGAAACUAAUCAAGAAAUAUCAAAUAACGGCUUCAUUCAAAAUAAUUUUAAUAGAAAUAUUGCUAUGGCUCCCCCUGGAAGAGACGUAGGAGCCAAUAAUAAUCAGAAUUUCCAUGUGCAGCCAGAGACUACUUCACCAUUGAACCUUUCUUCUAUGCUUCACAAUUUUUCAAUCAACGAUAAUGAUAUCCAUUCGGAUCCUGCAACGUUAUCAAGUGGUAUACAUCCAACAAACAGUGGUGGACCAUACCUAUUAAAGGUGAGGAACAUUCCACAAGAUCUUACUUUGAGAGAAUGCUAUGCUCUUUUUGCAUUAGCUGAUCAUCUCAUAAAUGUAGAACUUUCCAAUGCAGUGAAAGAGGGCUCCCCUAAUACUGAACAAAGACAUGAUAUUUUCAUUAUGGCAAGAUUCGAUUCAUUGCCACAUGCAACUCACUAUGCAACAAUUCUCAGCUCAAAAUCAGAUUUAUUUGGACCAAAUUUUCCCUUUAGAUCUUCAAUUGAAAUGAUAGAUGAAACAACGGGAAAACAAUUACCAUUCCAAAACGUUAUUCAGAAUCAACAAAAUUAUAGGUUGAGUGGAUCAAACAGUACUUCCAUUGCUAAUUCUACACUUCAUUCAUCUCCAGUAUCUGCCUCAACUGGGAAAGGUAGACCAAGUCUAUUACAACAAAGAUCAAGAUUUUCUUUUAGUGAUCCCUUUUCUAAUAAUGUCAACAACCAACCACAGCAACAAAUCAAUGGAAAUAUACCUCAGUUUGGACAACCACAACAGCAACCACAGCAGCAACCACAACAAAACUUACCUAAUCAAUCGAAUGGUUCUCAAAUCGAGAUUAAUAACAGUACGCUACCUACAACUAGUAACUCAUUCCUAUUGAUGGACAAUGGAGAAAUAAAUGAUAAUAUAUGGGGAUCAAAUGGAAUAAAUUCAACUAAUAAUGCAUUUUCAGCCACCCCUCAACCACAGACACCAACCGUGGAUUGGAAUUCUUCUAUGAGGAAACCAAAUUCAUCAUUUUUCAUUCCAAACUCAAAUUCUUUGCCACCAAUGGAAUUGCCACAAAUGCAUCCUACUAACGUGAGGCAUCUUGACUCAACUACCAUUACAAUGAAUUCCUCUACACCUAUUCAACCUUAUGGAAUGAUGAACCAAAUGUUACCACCUUCACAACCACAACCACAACCAAAUAUGGAUAAUCCAAUUAAUUCUCAAAAUCCACUACGAACAUUUGGUCAAAUUCAAUCUUCAAACUUACCCCAAAAUCAACAACCUCAACAAAUGGUUCUUCCACCUGGACAACAGAAUUUAUUUUCGGACUCAAUGAAUGGGUCCAAUAGAAAUUUAUCGACUGAAACACAGACGUUGAAUAAGAAACCAUCAGCAUCAUCAAUCAGUGCGACAAGUUCUACAGCUAUGUCUCAGGCAGACCUUUCCCUAUUAGCUAAAGUCCCGCCCCCUGCAAACCCUGCUGACCAAAAUCCACCUUGUAAUACCUUAUAUGUUGGUAAUCUCCCGCCCGAUGCUACAGAACAAGAAUUGAGACAAUUAUUUUCAAGUCAAGAAGGUUUUAGAAGACUUUCAUUUAGAAACAAGAAUACAAAUGGUCAUGGACAUGGACCUAUGUGUUUUGUUGAGUUUGAAGAUAUUAGCUUUGCCACUCGUGCACUUGCUGAAUUAUAUGGUAGUCAACUGCCAAGACCAAGUCUAAGUAGCAAAGGUGGUAUCAGAUUAAGUUUUUCCAAGAAUCCACUUGGAGUAAGAGGAUCAAACAACAGGAAAGGAACUAGUAAUUACAGUUAUUCUGCCACAUAUAAUAAAAAUUAA